AUGCUGUCACGUCAGACCCGUAUAACAUUAUUAUUAAUACUUGAUUCGGUAUUCUUUUUAAUUGAGAUCAUUAUUGGGUACAGUGUAAAUUCUUUGGCUUUGAUAGCAGAUUCUUUUCACAUGUUGAACGAUGUUAUGAGUCUUAUAGUUGCAUUAUAUGCUGUCAAGCUCGCUUCACAAAGAGAUUUUUCUCCGAAAUAUUCAUAUGGUUGGCAACGUGCCGAAGUUUUGGGUGCAUUGAUAAAUGGGGUAUUCUUACUCGCUUUAUGUUUCAAUAUAGUUAUUGAAGCUAUAAAACGAUUUUUUGUAAUAGAAGUAGGAAGUGCUGGAUUACUAUCAAAUAUAAUAGGACUUUUAUUGUUUCACGAACAUGGUCACGCUGGGCAUGAUCAUUCUACAAUAUCAACUGAACCCACAAAAGAUUUAGAAGAACAACCAGAAUCUUCAUUAGACGAUAUUCUUGUGCAUCCUGCACAAACGCGUCAAUCAGUAGUUCUUGCUGCACAAAAGACCGCUCAAGAACUUCAAGAACUUGAGGAAGAAAAUGAAGAGUAUCCUGCACAAGCUCAAGAACUUGAGGAAAAUGAAGGAUCGGAUGAACUUGUAAUUGAUACUACGGCUAACGUCAACACUGUCAACCUUGCUACUACUACUACUACAGAAAAUCAUCAACCUCCUGUUGACUCAACUACUUCUACUAAUCACUUAUUUUUACAUGUAUUAGGUGAUGCAUUAGGUAAUAUAGGUGUGAUAAUUACUGCUUUAUUUAUUAAAUAUGCAGCAUUUUCAUGGAGAUUUUAUGCUGAUCCCAUUGUCAGUUUAAUUAUUACCAUAAUUAUAUUCAUGACGGCAUUACCAUUAGGUGUACCUUCAGUUCAUGAACUUCAUAUAUGGCAAUUAUCUGAUACAAAACGUAUAGCAUCUGUACACGUUUUACUUGCACCUUCAGCUGAUUACGUAACCAUAGCUGCUAAUAUUAGAGGAUUACUUCAUGCAUAUGGUGUACACUCUACUACCAUACAACCAGAAUUCAUAAAGGUUGAUGUAAACGCUAAUGGAGGUGAACGUACAGUUGUUGUAGCAAAUCCCGGAAAUCCCGUUGAAUCUGAAUUAAUUCCUAAUGAAAUUGAGAAUCAUGAAUAUUCAUGUCUUCUUCGCUGUUCAGAGGAUGAUUCAUGUGCUCAGAAUUUAUGUUGCCCACCACCAAAACAGCAGGUCGAAUCACCUGAUAAAUUUAUUUAG